AUGAUGCGCGUUAAUCAAGCACGUAACGGUGAAAUGCAUUUAGAACACAAAAUUGAACUUGUUGGAAAUGAUGGAAAAACUCAAAAACGUGAACGUGCUUUGCUACAGCCGAAAACAAUGCAUUUAGAGCCUAUUAAAAAAGAUGAGAAAUAUUAUGGACCGAGAAAUAAGUUGACUUUAUUUGUAUAUGAUGGAUGUUUACUUCUGAUUAGAUUGAUGAAACUUGCACCAGUGAAUAGAAAUAUCCCUGCGGGCAUUGUGCAUGAUGAAAUUCGAAUUUAUGAUAGUGACAGUAUCAAUGCCAACAGUGUAUCGAAAGUUAUCACCAAUAUGAAAAAGACCAGUAAAACAAAAGCGAUUCAGAAUUUUUUUGAUCCGGCUUAUGCAAAAUGCUGUAAUAAGAUAAUACUUACAAAAAAUAAGAAUUAUAAAAUGAUUGAUUCGAUCGAAUUGAGAUGCAAAAAAAGUAACAAAGAACCAGAUAAAAAACUAAUUGGACAUCGCAGUAACAAUGGCAUAAAAUCAGUUGAAACUGAAAUUUAUAACUUUGAUCAAUUGGUUGGUUAUGGUAAAGGAUUAUUAACCAUCGAAACUGCUUUGGAUUAUCUAUCAUCACGAGAACUACCGGAACAGUCAAUGGUUGCAGCAACACAGCAAACAAAUCUGAAAGCCGCGAAACGAAUUUAUAAUUCUCCGCCUAAGUCCGAAUUAAGUGAUACGUCAGCUGGUGGUGGUAGCGAAUCAGAAAGUGAUCAUUCAUCAGAUCCAUCUGUUGAAUAUGACUCCAGCAGUAUCCAUGAAAAAUCUAUACUCACUACUGCUCGUAAAGCUUCAUCGUCAAGCACUGCUCUCUUAUCUUCAAAAGAUCUGGUACAUGAAUAUCCAGAUGACAUCUGUUGUUCAAAAUCAGCAAGCAUCUGGAGGAAGCCGUCUGGAGUUUUGUUGCAACCAAAGCUGCCAGAAAUCACGCGAAUAAAAAAACCGAAACCAGAAACACAUAAAUCGGCAUCAUUUGAUUCUCCGAGGCGUACUUUUUAUGUAGCAGAUGAUACUACACAAUUAGAUCUUAGUGCAGAGAUAAUUUCGGAUGUGCCAACAGUAGCAAUAACGGCUGAUAUUGGUAUAAAACUUGUCAGUGAAGAUGGCUCAAAAAGAACGAGAUGUAUUAAAAAUCAAAAAAUUUGUGUUGAUGAUCGAGUUUUUUAUGAAGAUUGA